AUGUUACCAACUGAUGAUAGCUCUAAGGUGUCUUUUGAAAGUAGUCUGCCUAGGACUCCAGAGGACCUUUCCAGGUUCGUGGUUGAGCUGCAGCAGCGAGAGCUCGCCCUGAAGGAGAAGAAUAAUGCCAUCACCAGCAGUGCCCGGAGUCUGGAGAAGGCCCAGCAGCAGCUCCAGGAUGAGGUCCGGCAGGUCAGUGCGCAGCUGCUAGAGGAGAGGAAGAAGAGGGAGUCACAUGAGGCACUGGCCCGAAGGCUCCAGAAGCGCAAUGUGCUGCUGACCAAGGAGCGAGACGGCAUGCGUGCCAUCCUGGGAUCCUAUGACAGUGAGCUGACCCAGGCCGAGUACUCAGCCCAGCUGACACAGCGCAUGUGGGAGGCCGAGGACAUGGUUCAGAAGGUGCAUGCCCACAGCUCAGAGAUGGAGGCUCAGCUGUCUCAGGCCCUGGAGGACCUUGGGGUUCAGAAGCAGAGAGCCGACACGCUGGAGAUGGAGCUAAAGAUGCUAAGGGCCCAGACAAGCUCAACUGAGACCAGCUUCCCAUUCUGCAAGGAGGAGGUGGAUGCACUCAGGUUGAAGGUGGAGGAGCUGGAAAGUGAGCGGAGUCGCCUGGAACAGGAAAAGCAGGCGCUGGAGAUGCAGAUGGAGAGGCUUACCCUACAGGGUGACUACAACCAGAGUCGAACCAAAGUGCUGCACAUGAGCUUGAACCCGACCAGCAUGGCCAGACAGCGCCAGCGUGAGGACCAUGACCGGUUGCAGGGGGAGUGUGAGCGACUUCGGGGACUUGUGCACGCCCUGGAGAGAGGGGGCCCCAUCCCUGCUGAUCUGGAGGCUGCCCCCAGCCUGCCGUCAUCUAAGGAGGUGGCAGAGCUGCGGAAGCAAGUGGAAAGUGCUGAGCUAAAGAACCAGCGGCUCAAGGAGGUUUUCCAGACCAAGAUCCAGGAGUUCCGCAAGGUUUGCUACACGCUGACUGGCUACCAGAUCGACGUGACCACUGAGAGCCAAUACCGCCUCACCUCCCAGUAUGCCGAGCACCAGUCCGACUGCCUCAUCUUCAAGGCCACAGGACCUUCGGGCUCCAAGAUGCAGCUGCUGGAGACGGAGUUCUCCCGCUCGGUGCCUGAGCUCAUCGAGCUGCACCUGCUGCAGCAGGACAGCAUCCCUGCCUUCCUGAGCGCCCUGACCAUCGAGCUGUUCAGCCGCCAGACCUCCAUCUAGCCUCUGCCCACAGGCCUCCUCACUCUGCAGCCACUGGACCUUGGCCUAGCCUACACCCCACACUGUCCCCAGACCCCCUUGCCACCAUAGCUGCAUCAUGCCACAAAAACCAGCCAUAGUCUCUGCUCCAGCAGCCACUCCAUCUCUUGUCCCUAGCCAGCAGGAGCAGCUGCUGGGGAUACCCAAGCCAGAUCACACCCCAUUGCUCUCCUCUCUUGCCCCAAGCACUGGGCUUCUCCUCCUCUUCCUCCUGUUCUGGAGCUUCUCCCUGCACUGUCCCAAGGUGUCCCUACACCAGCCUCCAGUCACAUGUGCUGGUUGCUUGGACCACUUUGCUGGCCAGGCUGUGGCCUGAAGCCAUAUGAAAUAAAGUUUUAUUCUUUACCACUCUC